GUGCAUUUAUUUUUAGUAUUUCACCUGCCGUUUCUCUCCUCGUGUCUUCUCCUGCCGCACUGGCCCUUUCGCUCUUGGCGCUCGAGUUGGACGGAUCUCUGCUCUAACUCACACCCUUCGGAUCUUAGGCCUUUUGAGAGAUCUGGUUGCCUUUUUGGACGAAGAUCUUCCUCCAUUGUACUUGGCUCUGUAACUGCUCGGGAUUCAAUUUCUUUCACAAUGGUUGUCCUUGCUGCUUCCAUCAUGACUAAGACAGGAAAAGUGUUAGUUUCUAGGCAGUUUGUGGACAUGUCUCGAAUAAGGAUAGAGGGACUACUUGCUGCUUUCCCUAAGUUGGUGGGAACUGGAAAGCAGCACACGUUUGUGGAGACUGAGAAUGUCCGGUAUGUGUACCAACCAAUAGAAGCACUUUAUCUUCUACUGGUUACAAAUAAACAAAGUAAUAUUCUUGAAGAUUUGGACACACUAAGACUCUUGUCAAAACUUGUUCCUGAAUAUUCACCCUCGUUGGAUGAAGAGGGUGUUUGUAAGAUGGCUUUUGAGUUGAUUUUUGCUUUUGAUGAAGCCAUUUCACUAGGUAACAAAGAAAAUUUGACUGUUUCACAAGUUAAACAAUACUGCGAAAUGGAGAGCCAUGAAGAAAAAUUGCAUAAGUUGGUCAUGCAAAGCAAAAUCAAUGAGACUAAGGAUAUCAUGAAACGGAAAGCAAGUGAGAUCGACAAAAGCAAGAUUGAAAAGAACAGAGGUGAUAAAGGAGGAUAUAUGUCUUUCUCUGGCCCUAGAAAAAUUGAAAGUACUUUUAGUGACAUGAGCAUUUCCAGUUCUGGAAGUGGUUUUGGCAGUGGGUCUGGAAUUGGAUUGAGCACUGAUGUGGAAUCCUUUUCUAGUAAGCCUAAAGGCCGUCCAUCUGCAUCUGCUACUGCUCCCUCCAAAGGACUUGGUAUGAAGUUAGGGAAAACACAAAAGACAAAUCAGUUUUUGGAGUCCUUAAAAGCUGAAGGAGAAGUUUUUCUUGAGGAUGUGCAACCAACUGUUGCUCAAUCAAAGCCAUCUCUUCCACCAACUGAUCCUGUCACAUUGUCCAUUGAAGAGAGAUUAAAUGUUGUCAUCAGGAGAGAUGGCGGUCUUAAUAACUUCGAUGUCCAGGGAACACUUUCCCUGCAAAUCCUUAACCAGGAAGAUGGAUUUGUUCAACUUCAGAUUGAAAACCAAGAUGUUCCUGGCCUUAACUUCAAAACCCAUCCUAAUAUCAACAAAGAGUUAUUCAACAGCAAGCAUAUUGUAGGUUUGAAAGAUCCCAACAGGCCAUUCCCUACUGGUCAAAAUGAUGUUGGGCUUAUGAAGUGGAGAAUUCAGGGCAUGGAUGAAGCUUCUCUUCCUUUGACUGUUAAUUGCUGGCCUUCUGUUUCUGGUGGUGAAACUUAUGUGAACAUAGAGUAUGAAGCAUCUGAGAUGUUUGACCUGCAACAUGUCAUAAUCUCCAUACCACUUCCUGCACUUAGGGAGCCACCAAGUGUAAGACAGAUAGAUGGUGAAUGGAAGUAUGACUCAAGAAAUUCAACAUUAGAUUGGUCUAUUCUUCUUAUUGAUCCUUCUAAUCGCAGUGGAUCCAUGGAAUUUGUUGUACCUCCCGCAGAUUCAUCAGUAUUUUUCCCCAUUACUGUGAGAUUUACUGCUGCAAGCACAUAUGGUGAUGUUAAGGUUGUAAAUGUCAUACCACUGAGAAACAAUGCUCCUCCGAAAUACUCGCAGAGGAUUCAGCUGAUCACCGACACCUACCAGGUUAUUUGAAUCAUGAUAAAUAUGUUAAGAGUGUUGGGAACCUCAGUUUGCUAGAGUCAAUGCCAACUUAUAGGAACCAUCCUGAUAUUUCUCCUAAGAGUCCUCAUAGGACAUGUAAGCUACUUGACAAGGUACAUUUUACCUUUUCUGCUCUUCAAUAUUUUACCUUCCUAUAAGGAUCAGUUUGUCUAAAAUGUUGAUUAUUUCGAACCUAUCGCCGCAAUUAAUGAUCAAUCAGUGUAUGGGCCGGUCCAAA